AUGUCUAGCAGAGUAACCAAACAUCGGGAGAAACCUCAUAUACCACAUGACGUACCAAAGGGACACUUGGUGGUGUACGUAGGCAAAGAAGAGGAGAGUUACAAGAGGUUCGUGAUCAAGAUCACGUUGCUUCACGAUCCCACCAUCAGGGCUUUGCUUGAUCAAGCAAAAGAGGAAGUUUACGAUGAUUUCACUUCCGGAGAUUCUAAGCUCUGUAUUCCUUGCGAAGAAACUCUCUUCCUCGAGGUCCUCCGUUGCGCUUCUCCCCGUUAG